CGAGGAGGCGGGGCCGGCGCGCCGCUCGGGCGGGCGGCUCUCUCAACUUUAGUUUUGGCGUCAGCGGCGAGUUUCUGUCUCAGUCGGGCGCAGCCGCCGCCGGGGGAGAGACAGGGAGGAAGGAAGGAAGGGGCUCCGGGAGCAGAGCCGGCAGCGGGGGAGGGGAGCCCCCGCCGCCCCUCCUGAGCGCAGCCGGCGGGGCCGCGGGGCACGGGCGGGGGCCGCGGGGUCGCGGCCUGUCCCCCCCGGCCCCGCGAGCGCCCAGAGCGCCGCCGCCGCCGCCGUCCCCCCCCCGCGUCCCCCCCCACUCCGGGCGGAGCCCUCGGCCGCGUCGUCGGGCCGGCGCCGAGCAUGGACCCCGGGCCGCCGCCCGCACAGCCCCCGGCCGCCCCCGGCCCCCCGGGCCCGCCGCCCGCGCAGCCUCAGCCGGGCCAGGGCCCGCCGCCCGCGCCCGGGCCGGCCGCACCCCCGGGGCCACAGGCCCCCCCCGCGGGCCACCAGAUCGUGCACGUCCGGGGGGACUCCGAGACCGACCUGGAGGCGCUCUUCAACGCCGUCAUGAACCCCAAGACGGCCAACGUGCCGCAGACGGUGCCCAUGAGGCUGCGGAAGCUGCCGGACUCCUUCUUCAAGCCGCCGGAGCCCAAGUCCCACUCGCGGCAGGCCAGUACUGACGCAGGCAGUGCGGGAGCCCUGGCACCCCAGCACGUUCGAGCUCAUUCCUCCCCAGCCUCCCUGCAGCUGGGGGCCGUGUCUCCUGGGACACUGACCCCCACCGGCGUGGUCUCCGGCCCCUCGGCUACACCCUCUGCUCAGCACCUGCGGCAGUCUUCUUUUGAGAUACCCGACGAUGUACCUCUGCCCGCGGGCUGGGAGAUGGCCAAGACCUCUUCCGGUCAGAGAUACUUCUUAAAUCACAUUGAUCAGACAACAACAUGGCAGGACCCCAGGAAGGCCAUGCUCUCCCAGAUGAGCGUCACGGCGCCCACCAGCCCACCGGUGCAGCAGAGCAUGAUGAACUCGGCCUCGGGUCCUCUGCCUGACGGAUGGGAACAAGCCAUGACUCAGGAUGGAGAAAUCUACUAUAUAAACCAUAAGAACAAGACCACCUCUUGGCUAGACCCAAGGCUUGACCCUCGCUUUGGUAAAGCCGUGAACCAGAGGGUCGGGCAGAGCGCCCCGGCGAAACAGCCCCCGCCCCUGGCCCCGCAGAGCCCGCCGGGGGGCGUCCUGGGCAGCGGCGGCUCCAACCAGCAGAUGCGGCUGCAGCAGCUGCAGAUGGAGAAGGAGAGGCUGCGUCUGAAGCAGCAGGAGCUGCUCCGGCAGGCAAUGCGGAAUAUCAAUCCCAGCUCAGCAAAUUCUCCAAAAUGUCAGGAACUAGCCCUUCGCAGCCAGUUACCAACACUGGACCAGGAAGGUGGGACUCAGAACCCAGUGCCUUCGCCUGGGAUGCCUCAGGAGCUGAGGACGAUGACGACCACGAGCUCCGAUCCCUUUCUUAACAGCGGCACCUACCACUCGCGCGACGAGAGUACAGACAGUGGACUGAGCAUGAGCAGCUACAGCGUCCCUCGGACCCCAGACGACUUCUUGAACAGUGUUGAUGAGAUGGACACAGGUGACACUAUCAGCCCAAGCACCCUCCCCACGCAGCAGAACCGCUUCCCAGACUACCUGGAAGCCAUUCCUGGGACAAACGUGGACCUUGGAACGCUGGAAGGGGACGGGAUGAACAUAGAGGGCGAGGAGCUCAUGCCGAGUCUGCAGGAGGCCCUGAGCUCGGACAUCCUCAACGACAUGGAGUCCGUGCUGGCCGCCACCAAGCUCGAUAAGGAAAGCUUUCUCACGUGGUUAUAGAGCCCACGGGCAGACCCAUUUCCAAAUCUGUGAAGGAUCUGAGGAGGUGUGCCCAGAAUUUCCACGCGAGCCCGUCGCAGUCUUCUGGCUGACCCAGAACGAUGAACAGACGUCCAGCAAGAUUCGCUCACCCACUCUCUCGCUCUUCCUUGUCCGUCGCUGCUGUUAGCAUGUUGCUGACCUCUGUCGUAGUUGGCUCUAAAGAAUCAAAAAAACACGAUUUUGUUUCUUUUGCUAUUAUAACUACUGUCCAUUGUGGGGCUGGGGGAAGUGAGCCUGUUGGGACGAUGGACGCCUUUUCUUUUGCCCAGUUAGACGUUCGCCCAUCACCCCGACCGAGUGCUCAGACUUGGAACUCGAACGCUUCACGUCCCAGCAUUUACUCUGUCAGGCAGUUGUUUCUUCAGCUGCGUUUGGCCGGUGGAAAAACACGGCCAGCUCGUCCGUAGGCCGGGAGUGUUGUGUCCGACGUCCCAUGCUUCGCGCAGAUAUGAUGAGCUAGCUGAGACCAGGGCUGAAGACUCGUGCUUUUAGCGUCCCCUCCUCGUGCUCUCGGUAGUCACAUAGUGACCUUGAUUUUACUUUAGGAGCUUAUGAGGCAUGAGAGAGUUUCCAUAGAAAUAUAUGAAUUAUUGCCACAUAUUCUAGUAUAGGUUUGGGUGGGUUUAUUGUGGGUUUGUUUCUUGUUUGUUUCUGUUUUGAUUGGUUGGGUUGUGUUUUUGUUUUUGCUCCCCCACCCCCCAGCCUAGACACAUUACGGUAGUAACGAAUCUGUUUAUAGUUGUAGCUCCCGGCAGCUGUUGUGCCUUUGGUAAAAACCUACAUUUCCUGAUUUUUUUUACCAUCUUAUUUAAAUCUUGAUUUUGUGCUCUCUCUAUAUAUACCCACACACACACUUAUACUCUUUAUAAUAGUGUGAUAGCAGAAUGUAUCUUUUUUUUUUAAGGUUUCCCUACUUUUCCAAUUUAUUUUAAAAUGGUAGUUUUGAACGUAUGCAUUUAGAAUACACGACUAGUAGUUUUUAUUUCAGAGGUCGUUUAAACCUGGUUGGGGGAGUCUGCAGAUAUUUGGGUAGUUAGUAUUCUAGAAAGGACUGUUUUUAGGGAGAGUGUCCAGAGGAGUACCGUCUGCCCGCUGGCACACAGUUAUUGUCUGAUGAAUUUGAAAGAAGCAAACAAGAUAGGGCUUUAUUUUCCCCUUGAUGAUCCCUGGGACUAAUUUUAAGCCUUGAUGGGAAAUCACUAAGUAGGUUCAUAAUGUACGCGACAGAAGUGAGCUUUACAUAGUGGUUUACCCUCCUUUAGCUCUGGAAAUUUCCCUUUGCCCUAGUUUUGGAAGUAAAUUCUAGUACCUUAGUUCUCAUUUGUAACAAACACAUUAAAGACUACAUGGAAAUAUUGCCUACAAGAUUGUUCUUACUUAAUUAGAAUUCUGUCGAGGUCAUGAGUUAGCUGGUAAAGUGAUCAGGUUAAUAAAUGUAUAUCGGUAGUUGAAGUUAGCAAAGAAAUAGAGAUAGUCUUGAUUAUACUUUUAUUUUUACAGGAAGAGAUAUAACUAGAGUAUGUGUCUACAGGAGUAAUAAUGGUUUCCAAAGAGUAAUUUUUAAAGGAACAAAAUGAGCAUGAAUCAACUCUUCAGUAUAAGCUACGAAGGUAAUAGUUGGUUGUGAAUUAUAGUGACACCAGCUAGCGCCUCUGUGAUUAAGGGUCUUUCAUUGUUUCUAGAAUGAGCCCUUAUUUUCAAGGGUUUAUGACAGACAUAAAAAUCUUUUUUCCUGGCUAAAACUGCUAUGGAAGAUAUGCUUGGGAAGAUAGAUUUUUUUUUUUAAUUACAAAAUGUAAGUAUUUUGACCCUUCAGUUUAGAGGAGAGCAGAAGUCAGGAGUGAGAAGUUUUAGAUUAAGCACUUCCAGUGCUCAAACAUGCAGUCACUGUGCCGUAUGUAAUGAUUCUUAGGUCGAUCAUCCGUCAUUAUUGACCAGAAGGGUUUUAUUCAGAAAACCACCGAAAGGGUAAAUCUUGACUUACCUGAGGGGGAGUGAGGGGAAGUGGCCACUGUGCAGAUUCACUGAUUUUUUUUUUUUUUUUUUUUUAAAGAGCAGUAAUGAAAUUGUACCUAGAACGCAUCAUUGAGUAUAUGGACGAUCCUGCAUGUUGUUGUUUCUCUUGUGCUGAAGAUCAGAGCUACUCAGAAGGCGCUCGCAGUUGGCCAGUAAGCCGCAGGGGAAGGUCUCAAGGGAAGCGUCCACAGGGUAGCAUUAGGCUGGGGCAGGGUGGGGGGUGGCAGGGGUCGCAAGGACUCAGUGGGACCUUGGUAGAGGAUUUGAUGAGUUUCUUUAUCUUCUGUAAAGGCUUGUCUUGCAUCUCACUGUCAUUAAAGGUGGUUGUUCCUAAAGUUUCGAUCACUUCAGUACAGCCACGAAACAGGCAUAGGAGUUCUUCGUGUUGCCUCGACUUUACUUUCCCGGGUUACACCUCGGUGCGGGGGGGCGGGGGGGCGGGGCAGCUGAUGGCCGCCGUGUUUGACCUUGUCCUGCCCUCUGUACUGACGACCUGACGGAGACCUAGGAGUCCUUCUUCUGAUCACAGCCUCAAUGUGGCCUUUCUUGUUGUGUCCUCAUUCCUAACUUUAAAGUGUUUCAGUGCUUCCUGGUUGUAUCGGGUAGCGUCGGGGUAAGAUUUUAACUGGGUAUUCUUGAAUUGCUUUCACAAUAAACCAAUUUUAUAAUCUUUAAAUUUAUCAGCUUUUUACAUUCUGUGUUCUUUUCAGUUAGGGCUUCUUAGAUCUACUUACAGUUGAUGGAACACAUUGAUUUGGGGUUUCAGAUUUUCCAAAGCACUAUUUGUGGUCAUAACUAUUUUCUAAUAUAUAGUGUCUUUUUUAAAAAAGGAAAAAAACAUUAAGGAAGUGAGUUUAUAUACAAAUAAUGUUUCAAGUAUUUCAUAUUAAAUAGGUGCAUUCUAUUGGGAGUUUGGCAGAAACGCUGAAAAUUAAUAGUAAUUGAUUGUAAUUUAUAACCCACACCAGUGUUGAAACUUAAAAUGCAAAAGUGAGAAGCGGUGUCCGGUGACUGACAGGUGCAGUGUUUGCGCAUCUGAGAAGUGAGUACUCAGAUGAAUUUUAGCUCCGACAAGCGUAUUUUUUUAAGGAUUGUGGGUAUGCCUAUUUUAACAGCUGUCUUCUGUAUCAUGAAAAGUAUUCUCCACAAUUUAAAUGUUUUAUAUUAGAGAAUUCUUUAAUGCACACUUGUGAAAUAUAUAUAUAGUACCCAUAGUACAUUUUUAUUUUCUGUUUUAGAUGUAAGAGCAUGCUCAAAUGUUAGGUACUACAUAAAUUGUUACAUUUUUUUCCUUAUGUAAUACUUUUUUUUGUUUAUGUGGUUCAAAUAUAUUCUUUCUUU